AUGUGCGACUGCUUCCACGUGGUGCUGCCCAGCUGGGCCGGAGCCCCCGGCAGCGCUGCCGGCCGGCGCCUUCAACCUGAGGAUCUGGACCUCGAAACUGAGAACUCUGUGACAGAGGGGCCUGGGGCUGAGAUCAUUCGGCCCCGACCGCAGGGCUCGUCCCCAGUGUACGAGUGCACCGAGGGCGUCGGCGUGGGCCUCCUGGAAGACGAAAGGGGCAGCCGGAGAGCCUGGCGGAAACGGGACUCGGGGGACUCGCGGACCUUUUCCAGGAUGAGUCGCACAGAGGUGGGUGAGGGUGCGGAGGCCACCACGCUGAAGACCGAGGUGGAGGCGGGCGCGAGCGGCUACAGCGUGGCGGGCGGCGGGCGCCACGGCCUCUUCGUCAAGCAGGUGCUCAAGGGCUCCACCGCGGCCAAGCUCUUCAGCCUGCAGGAAGGGGAUCAGUUGCUCAGCGCCACCAUCUUCUUCGAUGACAUCCGGUACGAAGACGCGCUCAAGAUCCUGCAGUACUCCGAGCCCUACAAGGUGCAGUUCUGCAUCCGCCGGAAGCUUCCUGAGGCACAGCAAGCCUGCCAGCAGGAGCAGGACGUCACCACGGAAGGCCUUCUGGACACGCCCACGAAGACGCUGGAAGGAGAAGGGGACCAAGAGCGGCUACUAUCGAAGACCCGCACAGGCAGAGGGCGAAAGGCCCAGAGGGAACGGCUGUCGUGGCCCAAAUUCCAGGCCAUCAAGAGCAAAGGCCGCCCGGGCCCCAGGAGGUCACACAGCUCCUCAGAAGCCUACGAGCAGGGAGCCGACGGAGACGUGUCGCCCACCAGCACGGACACAGAGGCACAGCUCCCUGACGACGCGCAGGAAAUGAAGGCAGGCAGCAAGGGCAGACGCAGGAAAGGUCUCAUAAACCUGAGAUUCAGGAAGCUCUCGGGAAAGGCGGGGUGCGCAGGCUGGCAGCGGGCCAGAGGGGCCCAAGGAGGAGAGGAGCAUGCGGGGCUCCAGGGGGAGGCUGAGGCCUGGAGCGACGCGCAGGAAGAGAGCAUGACUGGAGUGGCGGAAGAGACACGGCAGAAAGCAGCUGCCCCAAAAGGUCGCCUGAGCACGGAACAGCGUGCAGAGUCAGCUCAGAUGACUCAGGGGGACAACAGAAAAGCCACAGAGAAGAAACACAGAAGAGAAGGGUGGGAACAACACGAGCCACACCUUGGCAAGGAGGACCCCAUGGGGACAAGGAAAGGAGACAGGAGACCAAGAGGGGCAGGGCAGAGCGAGCCGAAAGACGUGCUGGAGCUGGAGCAAGAGCUGGCGAGGCUGUCGCUAAAAGACAAGACGCAGGAGACAAGCAGUGGCACAGUCCUGUGGGGGACACCAGUUCGAUUCCCAAAGCUAAAAACUCCGAAGUUCAGAGUCAAAGCAGAGGACAGAGAAGAAACAAGGACCAAGAGAGAGAAACCAGACCAAGAAGAAAACUACUUAGAAAAAACAAAACAGGAAGGAAGAGAAAAAGAAACUAAUGUCAAAGAAAACAAGGACGGGGAUGAUAUCGCCCUGGGAGGCAAGGACGUGGGGGCCAGGGACAGCAAGUUCAAGAUGCCCAGGUUCAAGAUGCCGUCCUUUGGGGGCUCCGCAGCAGGCAAGGCCUCCGUGCACAGCGACGUGGACGUCACCUUGCCAGAGAUGCAGCCCGAUGUCUCCCUGCCCUCUGCCCAGGGAGAACUCAAGACCGGGGACCUCAGCGUCCAGCUCCCGUCCCUGGACGUGGACGUCGCGUCCGGCGUCAAGGCCGUGCAGCUCCCCGACGUCGAGGUGCCUGAAGCCACACUCCCCGACGUGGACGUCAGAGGCGGCCUCAAGAGCCACCUCCCUAAGAUGAAGACACCCAGCUUCAAGGUGCCCAAAGUCGACUUCAAGGGCCCCCAGGUGGACAUCACGGCCCCCAAACUGGAUGUGAAAGGCGCCAAGGCCGACGUCAGCACCCCCAGCGUGGAGGUGAAGCUGCCCACAGUUGACGUUGACAUUCGGACCCCUGAGGCCACGCUGGAGGCGGACAUAGCCCUGGGAGGCAAGGACGUGGGGGCCAGGGACAGCAAGUUCAAGAUGCCCAAGUUCAAGAUGCCCUCCUUCGGGGGCUCCGCAGCAGGCAAAUCCAUCGAGGCCUCCAUGCACAGCGACGUGGACGUCACCUUGCCAGAGAUGCAGGCCGAUGUCUCCCUGCCCUCUGCCCAGGGAGAACUCAAGACCGGGGACCUCAGCGUCCAGCUCCCGUCCCUGCACGUGGACGUCGCGUCCGGCGUCAAGGCCGUUCAGCCCCCCGACGUCGAGGUGCCCGAAGCCACACUCCCCGACGUGGACGUCAGAGGCGGCCUCAAGGGCCACCUGCCCAAGGUGAAGACACCCAGCUUCAAGGUGCCCAAGGUCGACUUCAAGGGCCCCCAGGUGGACAUCACGGCCCCAAAACUGGAUGUGAAGGGCGCCAAGGCCGACGUCAGCACCCCCAGCGUGGAGGUGAAGCUGCCCACAGUUGACGUUGACAUUCGGACCCCUGAGGCCACGCUGGAGGCAGACAUCGCCCUGGGAGGCAAGGACGUGGGGGCCAGGGACAGCAAGUUCAAGAUGCCCAAGUUCAAGAUGCCCUCCUUCGGGGGCUCCGCAGCAGGCAAAUCCAUCGAGGCCUCCAUGCACAGCGACGUGGACGUCACCUUGCCAGAGAUGCAGCCCGAUGUCUCCCUGCCCUCUGCCAAGGGAGAACUCAAGACCGGGGACCUCAGCGUCCAGCUCCCGUCCCUGGACGUGGACGUCGCGUCCGGCGUCAAGGCCGUUCAGCCCCCCGACGUCGAGGUGCCCGAAGCCACACUCCCCGACGUGGACGUCAGAGGCGGCCUCAAGGGCCACCUGCCCAAGGUUAAGACACCCAGCUUCAAGGUGCCCAAGGUCGACUUCAAGGGCCCCCAGGUGGACAUCACGGCCCCAAAACUGGAUGUGAAGGGCGCCAAGGCCGACGUCAGCACCCCCAGCGUGGAGGUGAAGCUGCCCACAGUUGACGUUGACAUUCGGACCCCUGAGGCCACGCUGGAGGCGGACAUCGCCCUGGGAGGCAAGGACGUGGGGGCCAGGGACAGCAAGUUCAAGAUGCCCAAGUUCAAGAUGCCCUCCUUCGGGGGCUCCGCAGCAGGCAAAUCCAUCGAGGCCUCCAUGCACAGCGACGUGGACGUCACCUUGCCAGAGAUGCAGGCCGAUGUCUCCCUGUCCUCUGCCAAGGGAGAACUCAAGACCAGGGACCUCAGCGUCCAGCUCCCAUCCGUGGACGUGGACGUGGUGUCCGGAGUCAAGGCCAUGCAGCCCCCCGACGUCGAGAUGCCCGAAGCCACACUCCCCGACGUGGACGUCAGAGGCAGCCUCAAGGGCCACCUGCCCAAGGUGAAGACACCCAGCUUCAAGGUGCCCAAAGUCGACUUCAAGGGCCCCCAGGUGGACAUCACGGCCCCCAAACUGGAUGUGAAAGGCGCCAAGGCCGACGUCAGCACCCCCAGCGCGGAAGUGAAGCUGCCCACAGUUGAGGUUGACAUUCGGACCCCUGAGGCCACGCUGGAGGCGGACAUCGCCCUGGGAGGCAAGGACGUGGGGGCCAGGGACAGCAAGUUCAAGAUGCCCAAGUUCAAGAUGCCCUCCUUCGGGGGCUCCGCAGCAGGCAAAUCCAUCGAGGCCUCCAUGCACAGCGACGUGGACGUCACCUUGCCAGAGAUGCAGGCCGAUGUCUCCCUGUCCUCUGCCAAGGGAGAACUCAAGACCGGGGACCUCAGCGUCCAGCUCCCGUCCCUGGAUGUGGACGUCCCGUCCGGCGUCAAGGCCGUGCAGCUCCCAGACGUCGAGGUGCCUGAAGCCACACUCCCCGACGUGGACGUCAGAGGCGGCCUCAAGAGCCACCUCCCUAAGAUGAAGACACCCAGCUUCAAGGUGCCCAAAGUCGACUUCAAGGGCCCCCAGGUGGACAUCACGGCCCCCAAACUGGAUGUGAAAGGCGCCAAGGCCGACGUCACCACCCCCAGCGUGGAGGUGAAGCUGCCCACAGUUGACGUUGACAUUCGGACCCCUGAGGCCACGCUGGAGGCGGACAUCGCCCUGGGAGGCAAGGACGUGGGGGCCAGGGACAGCAAGUUCCAGAUGCCCAAGUUCAAGAUGCCCUCCUUUGGGGGCUCCGCAGCAGGCAAAUCCAUCGAGGCCUCCAUGCACAGCGACGUGGACGUCACCUUGCCAGAGAUGCAGGCCGAUGUCUCCCUGCCCUCUGCCCAGGGAGAACUCAAGACCGGGGACCUCAGCGUCCAGCUCCCGUCCAUGGACGUGGACGUCGCGUCCGGCGUCAAGGCCGUGCAGCUCCCAGACGUCGAGGUGCCUGAAGCCACACUCCCCGACGUGGACGUCAGAGGCGGCCUCAAGAGCCACCUCCCUAAGAUGAAGACACCCAGCUUCAAGGUGCCCAAGGUCGACUUCAAGGGCCCCCAGGUGGACAUCACGGCCCCAAAACUGGAUGUGAAGGGCGCCAAGGCCGACGUCAGCACCCCCAGCGUGGAGGUGAAGCUGCCCACAGUUGACGUUGACAUUCGGACCCCUGAGGCCACGCUGGAGGCAGACAUCGCCCUGGGAGGCAAGGACGUGGGGGCCAGGGACAGCAAGUUCAAGAUGCCCAAGUUCAAGAUGCCCUCCUUCGGGGGCUCCGCAGCAGGCAAAUCCAUCGAGGCCUCCAUGCACAGCGACGUGGACGUCACCUUGCCAGAGAUGCAGCCCGAUGUCUCCCUGCCCUCUGCCAAGGGAGAACUCAAGACCGGGGACCUCAGCGUCCAGCUCCCGUCCCUGGACGUGGACGUCGCGUCCGGCGUCAAGGCCGUUCAGCCCCCCGACGUCGAGGUGCCUGAAGCCACACUCCCCGACGUGGACGUCAGAGGCGGCCUCAAGGGCCACCUGCCCAAGGUUAAGACACCCAGCUUCAAGGUGCCCAAGGUCGACUUCAAGGGCCCCCAGGUGGACAUCACGGCCCCAAAACUGGAUGUGAAGGGCGCCAAGGCCGACGUCAGCACCCCCAGCGUGGAGGUGAAGCUGCCCACAGUUGACGUUGACAUUCGGACCCCUGAGGCCACGCUGGAGGCGGACAUCGCCCUGGGAGGCAAGGACGUGGGGGCCAGGGACAGCAAGUUCAAGAUGCCCAAGUUCAAGAUGCCCUCCUUCGGGGGCUCCGCAGCAGGCAAGGCCUCCGUGCACAGCGACGUGGACGUCACCUUGCCAGAGAUGCAGCCCGAUGUCUCCCUGCCCUCUGCCCAGGGAGAACUCAAGACCGGGGACCUCAGCGUCCAGCUCCCGUCCCUGGACGUGGACGUCGCGUCCGGCGUCAAGGCCGUUCAGCCCCCCGACGUCGAGGUGCCCGAAGCCACACUCCCCGACGAGGACGUAAGAGGCGGCCUCAAGGGCCACUUGCCCAAGGUUAAGACACCCAGCUUCAAGGUGCCUAAAGUCGACUUCAAGGGCCCCCAGGUGGACAUCACGGCCCCAAAACUGGAUGUGAAGGGCGCCAAGGCCGACGUCAGCACCCCCAGCGUGGAGGUGAAGCUGCCCACAGUUGACGUUGACAUUCGGACCCCUGAGGCCACGCUGGAGGCAGACAUCGCCCUGGGAGGCAAGGACGUGGGGGCCAGGGACAGCAAGUUCAAGAUGCCCAAGUUCAAGAUGCCCUCCUUCGGGGGCUCCACAGCAGGCAAAUCCAUCGAGGCCUCCAUGCACAGCGACGUGGACGUCACCUUGCCAGAGAUGCAGCCCGAUGUCUCCCUGCCCUCUGCCAAGGGAGAACUCAAGACCGGGGACCUCAGCGUCCAGCUCCCGUCCCUGGACGUGGACGUCGCGUCCGGCGUCAAGGCCGUUCAGCCCCCCGACGUCGAGGUGCCCGAAGCCACACUCCCCGACGUGGACGUCAGAGGCGGCCUCAAGGGCCACCUGCCCAAGGUUAAGACACCCAGCUUCAAGGUGCCCAAGGUCGACUUCAAGGGCCCCCAGGUGGACAUCACGGCCCCAAAACUGGAUGUGAAGGGCGCCAAGGCCGACGUCAGCACCCCCAGCGUGGAGGUGAAGCUGCCCACAGUUGACGUUGACAUUCGGACCCCUGAGGCUACGCUGGAGGCGGACAUCGCCCUGGGAGGCAAGGACGUGGGGGCCAGGGACAGCAAGUUCAAGAUGCCCAAGUUCACGAUGCCCUCCUUCGGGGGCUCCGCAGCAGGCAAGGCCUCCGUGCACAGCGACGUGGACGUCACCUUGCCAGAGAUGCAGCCCGAUGUCUCCCUGCCCUCUGCCCAGGGAGAACUCAAGACCGGGGACCUCAGCGUCCAGCUCCCGUCCCUGGACGUGGACGUCGCGUCCGGCGUCAAGGCCGUUCAGCCCCCCGACGUCGAGGUGCCCGAAGCCACACUCCCCGACGUGGACGUCAGAGGCGGCCUCAAGGGCCACUUGCCCAAGGUUAAGACACCCAGCUUCAAGGUGCCUAAAGUCGACUUCAAGGGCCCCCAGGUGGACAUCACGGCCCCAAAACUGGAUGUGAAGGGCGCCAAGGCCGACGUCAGCACCCCCAGCGUGGAGGUGAAGCUGCCCACAGUUGACGUUGACAUUCGGACCCCUGAGGCCACGCUGGAGGCGGACAUCGCCCUGGGAGGCAAGGACGUGGGGGCCAGGGACAGCAAGUUCAAGAUGCCCAAGUUCAAGAUGCCCUCCUUCGGGGGCUCCGCAGCAGGCAAAUCCAUCGAGGCCUCCAUGCACAGCGACGUGGACGUCACCUUGCCAGAGAUGCAGGCCGAUGUCUCCCUGUCCUCUGCCAAGGGAGAACUCAAGACCAGGGACCUCAGCGUCCAGCUCCCGUCCGUGGACGUGGACGUGGUGUCCGGCGUCAAGGCCAUGCAGCCCCCCGACUUCGAGAUGCCCGAAGCCACACUCCCCGACGUGGACGUCAGAGGCAGCCUCAAGGGCCACCUGCCCAAGGUGAAGACACCCAGCUUCAAGGUGCCCAAAGUCGACUUCAAGGGCCCCCAGGUGGACAUCACGGCCCCCAAACUGGAUGUGAAAGGCGCCAAGGCCGACGUCAGCACCCCCAGCGCGGAAGUGAAGCUGCCCACAGUUGAGGUUGACAUUCGGACCCCUGAGGCCACGCUGGAGGCGGACAUCGCCCUGGGAGGCAAGGACGUGGGGGCCAGGGACAGCAAGUUCAAGAUGCCCAAGUUCAAGAUGCCCUCCUUCGGGGGCUCCGCAGCAGGCAAAUCCAUCGAGGCCUCCAUGCACAGCGACGUGGACGUCACCUUGCCAGAGAUGCAGGCCGAUGUCUCCCUGUCCUCUGCCAAGGGAGAACUCAAGACCGGGGACCUCAGCGUCCAGCUCCCGUCCCUGGAUGUGGACGUCCCGUCCGGCGUCAAGGCCGUGCAGCUCCCAGACGUCGAGGUGCCUGAAGCCACACUCCCCGACGUGGACGUCAGAGGCGGCCUCAAGAGCCACCUCCCUAAGAUGAAGACACCCAGCUUCAAGGUGCCCAAAGUCGACUUCAAGGGCCCCCAGGUGGACAUCACGGCCCCCAAACUGGAUGUGAAAGGCGCCAAGGCCGACGUCACCACCCCCAGCGUGGAGGUGAAGCUGCCCACAGUUGACGUUGACAUUCGGACCCCUGAGGCCACGCUGGAGGCGGACAUCGCCCUGGGAGGCAAGGACGUGGGGGCCAGGGACAGCAAGUUCCAGAUGCCCAAGUUCAAGAUGCCCUCCUUUGGGGGCUCCGCAGCAGGCAAGGCCUCCGUGCACAGCGACGUGGACGUCACCUUGCCAGAGAUGCAGGCCGAUGUCUCCCUGCCCUCUGCCCAGGGAGAACUCAAGACCGGGGACCUCAGCGUCCAGCUCCCGUCCAUGGACGUGGACGUCGCGUCCGGCGUCAAGGCCGUGCAGCUCCCAGACGUCGAGGUGCCUGAAGCCACACUCCCCGACGUGGACGUCAGAGGCGGCCUCAAGAGCCACCUCCCUAAGAUGAAGACACCCAGCUUCAAGGUGCCCAAGGUCGACUUCAAGGGCCCCCAGGUGGACAUCACGGCCCCAAAACUGGAUGUGAAGGGCGCCAAGGCCGACGUCAGCACCCCCAGCGUGGAGGUGAAGCUGCCCACAGUUGACGUUGACAUUCGGACCCCUGAGGCCACGCUGGAGGCAGACAUCGCCCUGGGAGGCAAGGACGUGGGGGCCAGGGACAGCAAGUUCAAGAUGCCCAAGUUCAAGAUGCCCUCCUUCGGGGGCUCCGCAGCAGGCAAAUCCAUCGAGGCCUCCAUGCACAGCGACGUGGACGUCACCUUGCCAGAGAUGCAGCCCGAUGUCUCCCUGCCCUCUGCCCAGGGAGAACUCAAGACCGGGGACCUCAGCGUCCAGCUCCCGUCCCUGGACGUGGACGUCGCGUCCGGCGUCAAGGCCGUUCAGCCCCCCGACGUCGAGGUGCCCGAAGCCACACUCCCCGACGUGGACGUCAGAGGCGGCCUCAAGGGCCACCUGCCCAAGGUGAAGACACCCAGCUUCAAGGUGCCCAAAGUCGACUUCAAGGGCCCCCAGGUGGACAUCACGGCCCCAAAACUGGAUGUGAAGGGCGCCAAGGCCGACGUCAGCACCCCCAGCGUGGAGGUGAAGCUGCCCACAGUUGACGUUGACAUUCGGACCCCUGAGGCCACGCUGGAGGCAGACAUCGCCCUGGGAGGCAAGGACGUGGGGGCCAGGGACAGCAAGUUCAAGAUGCCCAAGUUCAAGAUGCCCUCCUUCGGGGGCUCCGCAGCAGGCAAAUCCAUCGAGGCCUCCAUGCACAGCGACGUGGACGUCACCUUGCCAGAGAUGCAGCCCGAUGUCUCCCUGCCCUCUGCCAAGGGAGAACUCAAGACCGGGGACCUCAGCAUCCAGCUCCCGUCCCUGGACGUGGACGUCGCGUCCGGCGUCAAGGCCGUUCAGCCCCCCGACGUCGAGGUGCCCGAAGCCACACUCCCCGACGUGGACGUCAGAGGCGGCCUCAAGGGCCACCUGCCCAAGGUUAAGACACCCAGCUUCAAGGUGCCCAAGGUCGACUUCAAGGGCCCCCAGGUGGACAUCACGGCCCCAAAACUGGAUGUGAAGGGCGCCAAGGCCGACGUCAGCACCCCCAGCGUGGAGGUGAAGCUGCCUACAGUUGACGUUGACAUUCGGACGCCUGAGGCUACGCUGGAGGCGGACAUCGCCCUGGGAGGCAAGGACGUGGGGGCCAGGGACAGCAAGUUCAAGAUGCCCAAGAUCACGAUGCCCUCCUUCGGGGGCUCCGCAGCAGGCAAGGCCUCCGUGCACAGCGACGUGGACGUCACCUUGCCAGAGAUGCAGCCCGAUGUCUCCCUGCCCUCUGCCCAGGGAGAACUCAAGACCGGGGACCUCAGCGUCCAGCUCCCGUCCCUGGACGUGGACGUCGCGUCCGGCGUCAAGGCCGUUCAGCCCCCCGACGUCGAGGUGCCCGAAGCCACACUCCCCGACGUGGACGUCAGAGGCGGCCUCAAGGGCCACUUGCCCAAGGUUAAGACACCCAGCUUCAAGGUGCCUAAAGUCGACUUCAAGGGCCCCCAGGUGGACAUCACGGCCCCAAAACUGGAUGUGAAGGGUGCCAAGGCCGACGUCAGCACCCCCAGCGUGGAGGUGAAGCUGCCCACAGUUGACGUUGACAUUCGGACCCCUGAGGCCACGCUGGAGGCGGACAUCGCCCUGGGAGGCAAGGACGUGGGGGCCAGGGACAGCAAGUUCAAGAUGCCCAAGUUCAAGAUGCCCUCCUUCGGGGGCUCCGCAGCAGGCAAAUCCAUCGAGGCCUCCAUGCACAGCGACGUGGACGUCACCUUGCCAGAGAUGCAGGCCGAUGUCUCCCUGUCCUCUGCCAAGGGAGAACUCAAGACCAGGGACCUCAGCGUCCAGCUCCCGUCCGUGGACGUGGACGUGGUGUCCGGCGUCAAGGCCAUGCAGCCCCCCGACGUCGAGAUGCCCGAAGCCACACUCCCCGACGUGGACGUCAGAGGCGGCCUCAAGGGCCACCUGCCCAAGGUGAAGACACCCAGCUUCAAGGUGCCCAAAGUCGACUUCAAGGGCCCCCAGGUGGACAUCACGGCCCCAAAACUGGAUGUGAAGGGCGCCAAGGCCGACGUCAGCACCCCCAGCGUGGAGGUGAAGCUGCCCACAGUUGACGUUGACAUUCGGACCCCUGAGGCCACGCUGGAGGCGGACAUCGCCCUGGGAGGCAAGGACGUGGGGGCCAGGGACAGCAAGUUCAAGAUGCCCAAGUUCAAGAUGCCCUCCUUCGGGGGCUCCGCAGCAGGCAAAUCCAUCGAGGCCUCCAUGCACAGCGACGUGGACGUCACCUUGCCAGAGAUGCAGGCCGAUGUCUCCCUGUCCUCUGCCAAGGGAGAACUCAAGACCGGGGACCUCAGCGUCCAGCUCCCGUCACUGGAUGUGGACGUCCCGUCCGGCGUCAAGGCCGUGCAGCUCCCAGACGUCGAGGUGCCUGAAGCCACACUCCCCGACGUGGACGUAAGAGGCGGCCUCAAGAGCCACCUCCCUAAGAUGAAGACACCCAGCUUCAAGGUGCCCAAAGUCGACUUCAAGGGCCCCCAGGUGGACAUCACGGCCCCCAAACUGGAUGUGAAAGGCGCCAAGGCCGACGUCACCACCCCCAGCGUGGAGGUGAAGCUGCCCACAGUUGAUGUUGACAUUCAGACCCCUGAGGCCACGCUGGAGGCGGACAUCGCCCUGGGAGGCAAGGACGUGGGGGCCAGGGACAGCAAGUUCCAGAUGCCCAAGUUCAAGAUGCCGUCCUUUGGGGGCUCCGCAGCAGGCAAGGCCUCCGUGCACAGCGACGUGGACGUCACCUUGCCAGAGAUGCAGGCCGAUGUCUCCCUGCCGUCUGCCCAGGGAGAACUUAGGACCGGGGAACUCAGCGUCCAGCUCCCGUCCGUGGAUGUGGACGUCCCGUCCGGCGUCAAGGCCGUGCAGCUCACAGACGUCGAGGUGCCUGAAGCCACACUCCCCGACGUGGACGUCAGAGGCGGCCUCAAGAGCCACCUCCCUAAGAUGAAGACACCCAGCUUCAAGGUGCCCAAAGUCGACUUCAAGGGCCCCCAGGUGGACAUCACGGCCCCCAAACUGGAUGUGAAAGGCGCCAAGGCCGACGUCACCACCCCCAGCGUGGAGGUGAAGCUGCCCACAGUUGACGUUGACAUUCGGACCCCUGAGGCCCCGCUGGAGGCGGACAUCGCCCUGGGAGGCAAGGACGUGGGGGCCAGGGACAGCAAGUUCCAGAUGCCCAAGUUCAAGAUGCCGUCCUUUGGGGGCUCCGCAGCAGGCAAGUCCUCCGUGCACAGCGACGUGGACGUCACCUUGCCAGAGAUGCAGGCCGAUGUCUCCCUGCCGUCUGCCCAGGGAGAACUCAUGACCGGGGAACUCAGCGUCCAGCUCCCGUCCGUGGAUGUGGACGUCACGUCCGGCGUCAAGGCCGUGGAGCUCCCAGACGUCGAGGUGCCUGAAGCCACACUCCCCGACGUGGACGUCAGAGGCGGCCUCAAGAGCCACCUCCCUAAGAUGAAGACACCCAGCUUCAAGGUGCCCAAAGUCGACUUCAAGGGCCCCCAGGUGGACAUCACGGCCCCCAAACUGGAUGUGAAAGGCGCCAAGGCCGACGUCACCACCCCCAGCGUGGAGGUGAAGCUGCCCACAGUUGAUGUUGACAUUCAGACCCCUGAGGCCACGCUGGACGCGGACAUCGCCCUGGGAGGCAAGGAUGUGGGGGCCAGGGACAGCAAGUUCCAGAUGCCCAAGUUCAAGAUGCCGUCCUUUGGGGGCUCCGCAGCAGGCAAGGCCUCCGUGCACAGCGACGUGGACGUCACCUUGCCAGAGAUGCAGGCCGAUGUCUCCCUGCCGUCUGCCCAGGGAGAACUCAAGACCGGGGAACUCAGCGUCCAGCUCCCGUCCGUGGAUGUGGACGUCCCGUCCGGCGUCAAGGCCGUGGAGCUCCCAGACGUCGAGGUGCCUGAAGCCACACUCCCCGACGUGGACGUCAGAGGCGGCCUCAAGAGCCACCUCCCUAAGAUGAAGACACCCAGCUUCAAGGUGCCCAAAGUCGACUUCAAGGGCCCCCAGGUGGACAUCACGGCCCCCAAACUGGAUGUGAAAGGCGCCAAGUCCGACGUCACCACCCCCAGCGUGGAGGUGAAGCUGCCCACAGUUGAUGUUGACAUUCAGACCCCUGAGGCCACGCUGGAGGCGGACAUCGCCCUGGGAGGCAAGGACGUGGGGGCCAAGGACAGCAAGUUCAAGAUGCCCAAGUUCAAGAUGCCCUCCUUCGGGGGCUCCGCAGCAGGCAAAUCCAUCGAGGCCUCCAUGCACAGCGACGUGGACGUCACCUUGCCAGAGAUGCAGGCCGAUGUCUCCCUGCCCUCUGCCCAGGGAGAACUCAAGACCGGGGAACUCAGCGUCCAGCUCCCGUCCGUGGACGUGGACGUCGCGUCCGGCGUCAAGGCCGUGCAGCUCCCAGACGUCGAGGUGCCUGAAGCCACACUCCCCGACGUGGACGUCAGAGGCGGCCUCAAGAGCCACCUCCCUAAGAUGAAGACACCCAGCUUCAAGGUGCCCAAAGUCGACUUCAAGGGCCCCCAGGUGGACAUCACGGCCCCAAAACUGGAUGUGAAGGGCGCCAAGGCCGACGUCACCACCCCCAGCGUGGAGGUGAAGCUGCCCACAGUUGACGUUGACAUUCGGACCCCUGAGGCUACGCUGGAGGCGGACAUCGCCCUGGGAGGCAAGGACGUGGGGGCCAGGGACAGCAAGUUCCAGAUGCCCAAGUUCAAGAUGCCGUCCUUUGGGGGCACCGCAGCAGGCAAGGCCUCCGUGCACAGCGACGUGGACGUCACCUUGCCAGAGAUGCAGGCCGAUGUCUCCCUGCCGUCUGCCCAGGGAGAACUCAAGACCGGGGAACUCAGCGUCCAGCUCCCGUCCGUGGACGUGGACGUCCCGUCCGGCGUCAAGGCCGUGCAGCUCCCAGACGUCGAGGUGCCUGAAGCCACACUCCCCGACGUGGACGUUAGAGGCGGCCUCAAGAGCCACCUCCCUAAGAUGAAGACACCCAGCUUCAAGGUGCCCAAAGUCGACUUCAAGGGCCCCCAGGUGGACAUCACGGCCCCCAAACUGGAUGUGAAAGGCGCCAAGGCCGACGUCAGCACCCCCAGCGUGGAGGUGAAGCUGCCCACAGUUGACGUUGACAUUCGGACCCCUGAGGCCACGCUGGAGGCGGACAUCGCCCUGGGAGGCAAGGACGUGGGGGCCAGGGACAGCAAGUUCAAGAUGCCCAAGUUCAAGAUGCCCUCCUUCGGGGGCUCCGCAGCAGGCAAAUCCAUCGAGGCCUCCAUGCACAGCGACGUGGACGUCACCUUGCCAGAGAUGCAGGCCGUUGUCUCCCUGCCCUCUGCCCAGGGAGAACUCAAGACCGGGGACCUCAGCGUCCAGCUCCCGUCCCUGCACGUGGACGUCGCGUCCGGCGUCAAGGCCGUUCAGCCCCCCGACGUCGAGGUGCCCGAAGCCACACUCCCCGACGUGGACAUCAGAGGCGGCCUCAAGAGCCACCUCCCUAAGAUGAAGACACCCAGCUUCAAGGUGCCCAAAGUAGACUUCAAGGGACCCCAGGUGGACAUCACGGCCCCCAAACUGGAUGUGAAAGGCGCCAAGGCCGACGUCAGCACCCCCAGCGUGGAGGUGAAGUUGCCCACAGUUGACGUUGACAUUCGGACCCCUGAGGCCACUCUGGAGGCGGACAUCGCCCUGGGAGGCAAGGACGUGGGGGCCAGGGACAGCAAGUUCAAGAUGCCCAAGUUCAAGAUGCCCUCCUUCGGGGGCUCCGCAGCAGGCAAAUCCAUCGAGGCCUCCAUGCACAGCGAUGUGGACGUCACCUUGCCAGAGAUGCAGGCCGAUGUCUCCCUGCCCUCUGCCCAGGGAGAACUCCAGACCGGGGAACUCAGCGUCCAGCUCCCAUCCGUGGACGUGGACGUCCCGUCCGGCGUCAAGGCCGUGCAGCUCCCAGACGUCGAGGUGCCUGAAGCCACACUCCCCGACGUGGACAUCAGAGGCGGCCUCAAGAGCCACCUCCCUAAGAUGAAGACACCCAGCUUCAAGGUGCCCAAAGUCGACUUCAAGGGCCCCCAGGUGGACAUCACGGCCCCCAAACUGGAUGUGAAAGGCGCCAAGGCCGACGUCAGCACCCCCAGCGUGGAGGUGAAGUUGCCCACAGUUGACGUUGACAUUCGGACCCCUGAGGCCACGCUGGAGGCGGACAUCGCCCUGGGAGGCAAGGACGUGGGGGCCAGGGACAGCAAGUUCCAGAUGCCCAAGUUCAAGAUGACCUCUUUCGUGGGCUCCGCAGCAGGCAAGGCCUCCGUGCACAGCGAUGUGGACGUCACCUCGCCAGAGAUGCAGGCCGAUGUCUCCCUGCCCUCUGCCCAGUUAGAACUCAAGACCGGGGAACUCAGCGUCCAGCUCCCAUCCGUGGACGUGGACGUCCCGUCCGGCGUCAAGGCCGUGCAGCUCCCAGACGUCGAGGUGCCUGAAGCCACACUCCCCGACGUGGACGUCAGAGGCGGCCUCAAGAGCCACCUCCCUAAGAUGAAGACACCCAGCUUCAAGGUGCCCAAAGUCGACUUCAAGGGCCCCCAGGUGGACAUCACGGCCCCCAAACUGGAUGUGAAAGGCGCCAAGGCCGACGUCAGCACCCCCAGCGUGGAGGUGAAGCUGCCCACAGUUGACGUUGACAUUCGGACCCCUGAGGCCACGCUGGAGGCGGACAUCGCCCUGGGAGGCAAGGACGUGGGGGCCAGGGACAGCAAGUUCAAGAUGCCCAAGUUCAAGAUGCCGUCCUUUGGGGGCUCCGCAGCAGGCAAGGCCUCCGUGCACAGCGACGUGGACGUCACCUUGCCAGAGAUGCAGGCCGAUGUCUCCCUGCCCUCUGCCCAGGGAGAACUCAAGACCGGGGACCUCAGCGUCCAGCUCCCGUCCCUGGACGUGGACGUCGCGUCCGGCGUCAAGGCCGUUCAGCCCCCCGACGUCGAGGUGCCCGAAGCCACACUCCCCGACGUGGACGUCAGAGGCGGCCUCAAGGGCCACUUGCCCAAGGUUAAGACACCCAGCUUCAAGGUGCCUAAAGUCGACUUCAAGGGCCCCCAGGUGGACAUCACGGCCCCAAAACUGGAUGUGAAGGGCGCCAAGGCCGACGUCAGCACCCCCAGCGUGGAGGUGAAGCUGCCCACAGUUGACGUUGACAUUCGGACCCCUGAGGCCACGCUGGAGGCGGACAUCGCCCUGGGAGGCAAGGACGUGGGGGCCAGGGACAGCAAGUUCAAGAUGCCCAAGUUCAAGAUGCCCUCCUUCGGGGGCUCCGCAGCAGGCAAAUCCAUCGAGGCCUCCAUGCACAGCGACGUGGACGUCACCUUGCCAGAGAUGCAGGCCGAUGUCUCCCUGUCCUCUGCCAAGGGAGAACUCAAGACCGGGGACCUCAGCGUCCAGCUCCCGUCCGUGGACGUGGACGUGGUGUCCGGCGUCAAGGCCAUGCAGCCCCCCGACGUCGAGAUGCCCGAAACCACACUCCCCGACGUGGACGUCAGAGGCGGCCUCAAGGGCCACCUGCCCAAGGUGAAGACACCCAGCUUCAAGGUGCCCAAAGUCGACUUCAAGGGCCCCCAGGUGGACAUCACGGCCCCAAAACUGGAUGUGAAAGGCGCCAAGGCCGACGUCAGCACCCCCAGCGCGGAAGUGAAGCUGCCCACAGUUGAGGUUGACAUUCGGACGCCUGAGGCCACGCUGGAGGCAGACAUAGCCCUGGGAGUCAAGGCCGUGGGGUCCAAGGAUAGGAAGUUUAAAAUGCCGAAGUUCAAGAUGCCUUCCUUUAGGGGCUCUUCUCCCAGCAAGUCUGUCAAUGAUUCUGUGUGCGGUGACCUGGAUGUUGCAGUGGGCCCUUCACCUCAGGGUUUAGCUCUUGGUGGUGUGUCUAUCCCUUCCAGUGCAGUCAGUCUUCAGCUCCAGUCUGAUCCUUCCUUCUCCGUUUCCUCUGGUCCUGGAACCCUCAUUAAGUUUCAGGAGGAUAUUCCUCAGGUUGCUGAGUCGCAUGUAUUGCUUGUGGACACCUCUGAAGGGGUCAUGGAUGGUGUUUCCAAAGCUAUCCUCGAGGGACCACUGCCAUCCCCAGUUGCUUGUCACACUGAAUCUAUCGUUUCUCUCUUUCCCACAUCAUAUGGACCUGUGACUUUUCCUAAAUUUCAUGGACCGAAGUUUCAGUAUUCGGAUCCCACAGCUAUGGGCACAGAUUCUGUGUGUAUGUCCCCCGAGGUCCCUUCCCAAACUGAGGGGACUUCAUCAGCAGUGGCAUGUGAAGUUCCCACUGAGGGUGCUGCCCGGGCAGGUAAGGGCAGUCCAUUAAAAAUGCCCAAGCUCAAGCUCCCAUCUUUUCGGUGGUCCCCCAAGAAAGGGGUCCCUAAACACCACGUGGAGGACGUAAAGCUUAGUGCGUCCACAGAAACGGACAGGCUGCAAGGGAUGCCCCAAGUUUAUAUUCACCCAAAGGAUGUCCCGCCAGAGGAGGAUGGAGAGGGGAUCAAACUAGGGCAGACUGGCCCAGUGCUGCCAGAGCUUCCUCUUCCUACGACUGAGCUCUCCCAGGCCAGGGCUGUUCUGUCGCCAGGAGAGCCACACCCUACCUUUUCUAGGACCCUGGUGGUCCAGAGUGGCAUCAAGGACCCUGACACCACAGAGCAACACAGCCUCUCUUUAGGAGAUAGUGCCUGUGCGGAAGUCUCCAAGAGGCAGCCUAUUGGGAAGCCAGUGAUCCCCACCACAGAAAACCCACUCCUGCCAUCAUGUAGACCCAAGGAUGCUGAUGUGUCAAGCACCGAGGGGGCAGCCUCUCGAGAUAGUUGGUUUAGGAUGCCUACAUUCCACCUGCCUGGCAUGCGGCGUGCUUCAUCCAAGGAGAAAGGGGAGGCUGCAGGGCUGGAAAAGGUUCCCAGACUCCUACUUGAUACCUGCAGCCCCCAAGAAGAAGCUCCUGGUAGAGCUAUGACUCAGGAGCUCCUUGGGGAAGUGGCUGUGCCCCUGCACUCCCCCAAGAGCAAUGAGGACAAGGCGUUUCCCGACAGCGCCUCCUAUGCCGAUGUGCUUCGGCGCAAUUUGCACAGUACUGGCCCAGGCUCUGGGAAGCAGCCUCUUCCAGCUGGGUCAUCUUCCCCUGUUGGGACCUGUCCAGCAGAAGGCCCCCUCCUGCUGACCCAUGCCAGCUUUUCUGAAAUCCCGGGCCCUGAAGCAGAGGCAGUGAGGAGACCUUCCACAGUGAUGGCACCUAGCCCCCAUGGCCCAGCCCCCACUUCUCUCGGUGGCAUGGGCAUAGUCUGGGAAGAUUCUGUGCUUAAAGUAAGGUUUCCCAAACUGAAGGUGCCGAGGUUCACCUUCCCUGACCCCAGCUUGGACACUGACAUUUUCAUUCCAAUGGUUCGAGAAGUGUGGCACCCUGAGAACCAUCUCCACCUCACCCUGCAGACAGAGAACCCUGAAAUCUGGGGUGCAACCAUCCUGAAGGAGAGUGCAGGGCACUGCAGGGAGCAACUAAAGGACUGCCACCUCCCCUCAGAAGUGCCCCCCAUUUCUAAGGUGAGAGUGCGCAUUCAAGGUGCUCAGGCCGAGAGCCAUGCAGUCACCAUCCACAGCAGAGCCCUGGCAGGCUCGGCUGAUCCCUGGGGACCCAAGACCUUUACUACGGAGACUGUAUGCGAGUUGGAGACCCCAGCCUCACAGAAGGCCUCCUAUGGAUUUUCCCCGCUGAAGGGGAGAAACCCAGAGCCCACUCUCCAGACAGGUGUGAGCCUUGGGGCUCACGAAACUCCCAGAGAGGUAGUCCUGAGUGCUGACUCUCAAGAACCAUUUGAAGUGGUGUCCAGCGACAGGGAGGCAACAGCUGGCUUUGAAGUUGGCUCUGGUGCCCAAUGUGCCGAGAGCUGUUCUGAUGAGGAGCCUGCAGAAAUUCUUGAAUUUCCCCCUGAAGACAGCCCGGGGGCAACCCUGGCAGAACACAUUCCCCCAAAAGAGAAACCAGAAAGUAAAAGGUCUUCUGGGCUCUUCAGGUUUUGGUUCCCAAACAUCGGGUUUUCUCCAUCGGCCCCUGAGGAGCCAGUUGCUGCCUCUGGAGCCCAAAUACAGCAAACGGGCCCAGUUCAGAAGCAGCCCGAGGCCCGGCCUGAAUCAAGACUGCCUGGCAAGCAGGAGAAGGCAGGCUGGUUCCGGUUUCCCAAACUGGGGUUCUCCUCCCCUCCCGCUGAGAAAUGCCAAGCCACUGAGGAUGAGGCAAGUCUAGCAGAGCACAACCUCCAAGAUGAAGCAGCCACCUUUUUUGAUGCCCGAGAAACGUUCUCUCCGGGAGAAGAGGAAGAGGAGGAGCUGACCCAUGAUGCACACACAGCUGCAUCCUCAGCGAGGACCAAGUGA